AUGCCUUGGGAGAUGGAGAGGAAGAGGAUGAAGAUGGAGAUGCGGAGAAAGAAAUGGGUCUUUCAGAGAUGGGGGGAAGGAAUGUCCGUGGAGGCCAAGGUCGCCGUGGCGCCAUCAGAGGACGAGGGCGAGUACGAGGGCGUGGACGUGGACGAGGACGAGGACGAGGGCGUAGGCAAGAAGGUGACCGUGGGAGAGGUGAAAGCCGUGAGGAGUUACAAGCAACAAUUCAGGAUAUUGUCAUGA